AUGGCCCUCAACAAGGAACUGUCCUCAACCUAUAACCAGUUUCUUGAAACUGCGCCGAAGGAAGUGUCUUCCAUCAUCACGGACGCGGUCAGAGACUUUAAAAACAGUUACGAUCCUGCUAGAGCGAUCCAGCCGGGGGACGCCUUUCCACAAUUUCACCUGAGCGAUGCGACCGGUAACGAAGUGUCGUUGAAUGAUCUCCUUGUUGAAGGACCCAUCCUGAUAUCUUUUUAUCGGGGUGAAUGGUGUCCCUUCUGCAACCUCGAGCUGCGUGCGCUUCAGAGCCAUAUGGACGAGUUUCACCAGAAAGGCGUGACAUUGGUAGCUGUGUCUCCGGAGCUACCUGAUCAUUCUCUGACCACAUCUGAGAAACUGUUGUUGAAGUUUCCAGUGCUUUCGGAUGUUGGUAAUCAGCUGGCGAAGAAACUUGGCCUGUUGUUCCCUCAGCCCGAGUCUAUGCGGACCGUUUUCGACAAAUUUGGCGUGGAUUGGAACCAGCGGUACGGCAAUGACAACCUGGAGCUUCCGGUUCCGGCAACUUUCCUGGUUGAUAAGAAGGGAAUUGUGCGCAAUUCCUUUGUGAAUCCUCAGUAUCGUCACCGAUUGGAGCCCGAGAUUGCUAUUGAGUGGAUUGACCGGCUUUGA